CUGUAUGCUGCGUCCAAAACGCUUAAACAGCUGUCCGACUUAUUUCUGCUUCACAAAGCGGCGACUGCCCUAGCGUCUCCACCUGUGCACCACCUGGGCCAAUAGGAUUCACCUUAAGACCGCUUUUCCUGAGCCCGACAAUUGCUUAAGUCCAUGCAGUCGAUACAGCGGUGUCGAGUGCGAGACACAGCGCUGAACCGCGGGUCGUCACGGCGCACCCUAGCCAUCCGUUGCAGCAAGCCCAACAUAAUGGCCGAGGCCAAACGGGAAGCAGCCCGAGUCUGUGUGGAUCGCUUCGUACGUAACAACACACUACUUGCGCUAGGGCAAGGAGAAAUGGUCAACCUAGUGGUGGCGGAGGUGGGCAGGCGGCUGGCGGAGGGAAGCCUGCAGGACGUGGCGGGAGUGCCGGUGUGUGACAUGGCCGCGCACGAGGCGGCCUUCCAUGGGCUGCCGCUGGUGCCCGAGUCGCGAGCUGGCGAGGCCUCCCUGCUGUUGGCUGACGCGGACCAGUUCGACCCGGCGGCCAAUGCGGCGCUGCUGGGCUGUGCAUGCGAGCCGCAACAACCCGAUGUUCCAAGGCUGUUGAGGGCUGCAGCUGUUCCGACGGAGGCUGGCGAGGCAGGCCCGCGUGUCGUACUGCUGACGGAGGCAUCACGGGUUGUGUCCCGGUUGGGCGGAGUGCUGCCGGUGUGGCUGGAUGCGGACGUGUGGGAGGAGGCGGCGGAGCAGCUGGAUGACAUUUUCCUCGGGGACGCAGAGAUAUGGCGGCGAUCCUUCACCGGGCAACCAGAGGACCCCCGCGGCGGGGAGCACCCGUACAUCAGCCCUCAGGGGCAUACCAUUGUGGAUGUACGGUUCUAUGAGGGCCUAAAACUGUACGGCGAGGACGAGCCGUACGACAAGAUCGCUGAUGAAGUACGGCAGGUGGAGGGAGUGGUGGCGCAUGGACUGCUGAUCGGGCGAGCGGCUGCGGCGGUGGUGGCACGGGCCGGGGAGGAGGGUCCUCAGGUGUUGGAGUUUCAGUAGAGGCGUUGGUGGAUAACAACGAGGGAGACCGGUAACGACGAUGUACGGCCAUUCGUAUCUGUCUGGUAGCUUCUGGAGUUUUGGUGUUAUGGACAAAAGCCCGCAGCGCACCUUACCUCGAGGUCUGCGCCUUGGCUCCUGGCCUGAGCGAUUUGCUGUAACAGCCAGAGG